GUAGAGUUACUACUAACAGCGCAAUUAGCCUAUAACAGUAUAAAAUCAGCAAUGACAAAGUAUUCGCCGCACUACGCGAACUACGGAUAUAAGCCGACCGCUCACCAAGAUCCGAAGGACAUCGAAAGUAUCGCGAUAGGAGCAGACGACAAGGCGAAGCUCAUGCGAGAAUUAUAUAAAGAAUUAAGUAAGAAUAUAGCUUAA